AAACCCGGAAGCGCCUGCCAUACACCAUUUGUAUAUAUCUAUGUAAUACACUACAACAAGCAGCAAGAUGAUUGUCAUGAAGUGCCGCCGCUAUCUGCUUAUUAUCUCUUCACUGGCUUAAGUUAAAGAGCUCCACAGCAGAGAUGGAGGCUGCAGGAGCUGAUGAUAGUCUGGAUGUACAGGGGGCAGCAGCAGCAGAAUCAAGCCUUCCUGGACGCAGACAGACUUCUGCAAAGUCAGUUUGGACUUUACUAGAAGAAGCAGCACAGAUGAAAACAGAAGGAAACUCUUUCUACAAGGAGAAGAACUUUCGCUCGGCCAUCGGUCGGUAUCACCGCGCUCUGCUGGUCCUCCGGAGCCUCGACUCUGAGGUGAUGAAGUCGCUUAAAGGGUUUGGACCUGAGAGACCUGUGCUCACACCUGAACAGGAGGCUUUGCUGAGAAGCACGCAAGUGGACUGUUAUAACAACCUAGCUGCGUGCUUGCUGCAGAGACAGAAUGUUGAUUACGCUCGUGUGCUGGAGUACAGUCUGCUUGUACUGCAGUGGCGACCAGGUGAUGUCAAAGCACUGUACAGGGCAGGAGUGGCCACUCUGGAGAUUGGAGAUGCACAGACAGCCAAACAGUACCUCACCCAGGCAUCCAAAGAGCAGCCUAAUGAUGCCAAUGUGAGGAGGCACCUGCAGAGGGCUGAGGAGAAACUAAAACGAGAGUUACAGAAAGAGAAAGCCAUGUAUCGAGGCAUGUUUUCCUCCAGCCUAAAGGAUGACUCAGAAGAAGAGAUUAACCAAACCAACGGAGUUGGUGAGGGAGUUUAGCCUGCCAAAAUCAAGUCUUAACUUGAGAGACUGUCCAACCUCAGCUUACCACAAACCAACUGAAGAAUGUCCACAUCUUGAUUCGCUAAUGGUACUGUGUCUCUGUUAGGUGUUUGGGUGUAUUAUACAGAAUACUAAAAAGCAGUCAGUGGGAAAGUUAAGAUGUCACCUGCUGAAAAUAGAAAGCUGAGGACAGAAAAGUUGGUUUCCUAGCAACACAGAAACUCCAGUAUAGUUCACAAAAAUGCUUCUGAAAGCUGAAGAGACUCUUCAUGCACUACUCAAAUGCCUCCUUGAUUGCGACUGUCUGGUCAGUGAUGUGAAUGUGGAUUUUUUUUUUGAGUUUUCAAGUAAAAUAUUUUUUAAAUAA